ACGGUUACCCACAUGGAAUACCUGAUUUUACUUAAAUUAAAAGAUGUGUGCGCUUCAUUUGCAAAUUAUUGUUAACAAGUAGCUAACUUACAGUGUACUCAGCUAAGAGAGUAGACUUAUGAUUUGUGUUUCAAAGAAUAAACAACUAAAACAGAGAUUAAACGUAUUCUUUAAAAGCUGUCGUAUGUGUUAGAAUGAAUUCAAGUCAGUUGGAACACAAUAGCGCGUUUACCAUGAUUGCGCCACGAACUCAAGGACUGUCACAUGACAAUAAUACUGCGGUCAAUCUUACACUUCACCAACGCGUUACUUCGACAACGUCAUCACUGAAUAUGUCAUCGGGUCACUCUCGGAUUUCACUGAGUGCCAACCCUUCUCCCGUCUCCUCGCGCUCGUCUACCCCACAGGAACGGGACAUAGUGUCUCCCAAGAGAGGCCACGUAGCCCCGAAGAAAUCAGUGUUCCGACCGUGGGCGACCGGAAACGAAUCAGAGGGCGAGGAACAAGAUACAGACUCGAACAAUGAAUCAUCGUCCGAUCACUCCCACUCCUCGCCCGACACGAAGCCAUCUUACCAGGACCCGCAACUUUGCCUUGCGGAGAUCUACCGCUACAACCUACUGCAGGGCCUCUACCGGAACCACUACAACAUGGUCACCAUGGCGCGAUCUGGCUUCGCCGGUGUUUGGACAGAUCCUAGGAUGUACCCUUACGUCUGCGCAAAAGGGUUCCAGAGCUUUCCGACUGUGGGAUUAGGAAUGAACGGCAGCGCUUCCGGAUUUGACGGCAAUGUUGCCGGCACGACUUUGACGUCCAUUGGUGACUACGGCGUAUUGCCCGGUUACGAGAAAGGCGCAUACGAGUGCGUCAAGUGCAUGAAGCAGUUCAGCACGCCGCACGGGCUGGAGGUGCACGUGCGCCGGUCACACAGCGGCAAGCGUCCGUACGCGUGUGACGUCUGCAACAAGACGUUCGGUCACUCCGUCUCUUUGUCGCAGCAUCGAGCGGUGCACACACAAGAUAAAAGCUUUCAGUGCAACCAGUGCGGCAAGUCUUUCAAGCGUUCGUCGACGCUCUCCACCCAUCUCCUGAUCCACAGCGACACACGCCCCUACCCCUGCCCCUACUGCGGAAAGCGCUUCCACCAGAAGUCGGACAUGAAGAAACACACAUACAUACACACGGGCGAGAAGCCAUAUAAAUGCAGCCACUGCGGGAAGGCAUUCAGUCAAUCCUCCAACCUGAUCACCCACUGCCGUAAGCACUCCGGUUUCAAGCCGUUCACUUGCGCCAAGUGCGGCCGGGCGUUCCAGCGAAAGGUCGACAUGCGCCGCCAUCUUGAAACCCAACACGGCGAGGAGAAAAUGUCACCGGAAAUGUUCAGCCUAUCGAUGUCACGUGACACGGUUUUGCGUGCGCCGAGUGAUUCCGGUGUAUCGAUGGAUUUCAGCAACCAGCGCACCUCUGUUAUUGUUUCGUAAUUAUUAUGUCACAUCAACUGCAUAUAAUUCUGAAGCGUUAGAUCUGUAAAACGAAUCUGCUGGAGAAACUAUAUUUCACCAGGCAUUUCUUUUGUAUUAAACACGUGACUGAAAAAAAAAGAAAUGUAUAUGACAGAUGAUUGAUGCCUGGACACAGUAAACUAUU